AAGUUAGAGCAGUGUGUGAGGCUGCUGCUUAACUGUGCUCUCUAUAUAAAGCACAGGUUUCUAUCUAUUUAAGAGAGAUCUGUAGAACAUCAUCAGCUGAUCAGCCAUGCGAUUGGUCAACAUGCAGCAUCGUGUGCGGAGGGCAACAGAAUCAGAGGAGGAGCCCAAACCUGCUCCACCUCCUUUACCUCCUCCCUCUCACCACUCCCACAACUUCAUAAAUAUGAAGAACAAGUUUUUCAAUGAUCUUAGCCAUCUACCUAACCCCAAGAUCAAAAUGCCCAUGUGGGCCAUUGGUGCCAUAGUUAUGGUCAUGGUUGCCUUGGUUGGCUGCUUUGCUUUCUGUAUCUAUAAGAAGUGUUUGGGAGGGAAGAAAAAAGCUAAAAAAGUCAGAGAGAGGAAGGGAGGACGAAGAAGGAUGAAAAAGGAAGGAGAGGAAGAAGCAGGCGAGGAACAACCUAAAGAAGGAGAGGGCGAGGGAGAGAAAGAAUAUUAUGGCAAGCUGGAGUACACUCUGGACUAUAACUUCACCGACAAUCAGCUCAUUGUUGGUGUCUUGCAAGCCCAAGACCUUCCUGCCAUGGAUAUUGGUGGAACAUCUGACCCCUAUGUCAAAGUUUACAUGCUACCAGACAAGAAGAAAAAGUUUGAAACCAAGGUCCAGCGCAAGAAUCUGUGUCCUGUUUUCAAUGAGACUUUCAUAUUUAAGAUCCCCUUUAAUGAUCUAGCAGGACAGACUCUGGUCCUGCAGGUGUUUGACUUUGACCGCUUUGGUAAACAUGAUGUAAUUGGAGAGAUCAAAAUCCCCAUGAACAGCGUUGACCUGGCCCAGCCCAUACAUGAAUGGAAAGACCUGGUCGGAGGAGAGAAAGAGGAACAAGAAAAGUUAGGUGACAUCUGUAUCUCCCUGCGCUAUGUGCCCACUUCUGGUAAACUGACCGUCUGUAUCAUGGAGGCCAAGAACCUGAAGAAGAUGGACGUGGGUGGUUUAUCAGAUCCUUUUGUGAAAGUGGUUUUGCAACACAAUGGAAAGCGUAUCAAGAAGAAGAAGACGACAGUUAAGCAGAACACACUGAACCCCUACUUCAAUGAAAGCUUCAGCUUUGAAAUCCCCUUCGCUCAGAUUCAGAAGAUCCAGGUGUUGAUCACAGUCUAUGACUAUGAUAAAUUGGGAAGCAAUGAUCCAAUUGGGAAGUGCUGGAUUGGGUUUGGCGCUAGUGGGGUGGGACUGCGCCACUGGUCAGACAUGCUGGCCAAUCCCAGACGACCUGUGGCUCAGUGGCACACCCUUCAGCCUGAAGAGGAAGUAGAUGCUGCCCUUAAAGCACCCAUCCGCUAAAUAUCUUAUCCUCCCCUCAACUAAACGUUUUCACACAUCUGGCAAAACAUCAUUUAAAAUGUAUCCAUACUUUCACUGAGGAGUUUCUGUCUGUUACAUGAUUGUUCAACACCCUGUACCCUUCUUUACUAUGAAAAAAAGGAGGAGUAACUUUUAUAAAUGUUAUUAUGAAUAUUAUGUUUAUCUGGAUUGUGUUUCUUAUUUAAAUGUGUCUGUAUGAUGGGGAUAAUAAGUUUGUGUGUUUUGUUUGAAAGUGUUGAAUGUAUGUCUCUGUCCAUCACUGAAUGAGAACUGUUCUGAUUUGCUUCGUCUUUUUUCUGGAAUCAAAGAUGACUAUAAACACAACAACUGGAUACAUAA